CCUCCUUAAGCUAGCAAGAAUUUGGGAAGCUGGGCUACCUGUGGUUAGUAUCGUAUCUAGUCUCUAACGGUAAGGCAAGGAAUGCCUGAUGAUUAAUGCAACUGAUAGAGAAAAAAACAAGAUGUCUAGUGGGGUGACGACGGUCGAUUUAAGCGAAAAUAGUUUAGAUGGACAAGAUUUUCAGCCUCCUCCGUGCUUGCAGUUCUUUGAMAAAUGGAGAUUCUGUGCUUCAUCAAGAAACCAGUUUCACCAGUAUUAUAUUUAUGGAAGAUUUAAGGACUGUUCUCUUUAUAAAAAUGACCUUCAAAACUGUGUGUCCUACAAGAUGAUAAAAUCUGAAGAUAUAAAGGCUUCGCUUAAAGAAGCAAUGGAUCGAGACAAAGUAAGGUUCACUUCUGGUUCAGUAUGGGAGAAAAGAGAAAAUCCUGAGGAGUUUUGGACAAAAAAGCAUUGAGACGUUACAUACAUAUACAARACUGCGAGGUGUCAGCUCUAUGCCCUUCCUCAAGGGCAACUAAAGUGGAAGAAAGGAGUGCGUGGACUCACUCUGGUUGGAAUUAGCAAGGAGAGUACAUAGSUGUUCAGCAGCUCCUUGUAAUAUAGUUUGGAAUAAUUAAGAGUCACAAUUAUCUCAAAAUUAUUAUCUUAAAGAUGUCAUUUAUGAUCUCAUAUAGAAAUCUUUCACUCUAACACACCAAAGGUCCUGUAUGCAGAACCCAUGAAAAAUGACUGGGUUGUUAGAAUGAUAGGUGCAUGGACAAGCAUGGACACUAAGUUUUGRUUUGAAAGUCAAAUUUACUUAUGUUUUGACUAAUUUGCAUUUGGAUUCAGAGCAUGCGCAGCAUUUUUCACUCGUGUCAUCCGCGCCCAGUGCAAUCGACUUGAACCUUUGAAGGUAGUUCAAGGUGUAGUAUUAAACCUGUCAAGCAAUCUCAGUUUAAAUGUAAAAUCCCAUCCAUCAAUCAUUUCUAAAUCAACUUAAAAACAUUAACACUUAAUUGAAAAAUUACUUUUAAAAAUCUURAUUUAUUGGUGAUUGACCAGUUACUGAAUCUUUGCUGUCGAACYAUUGUAGAAGUCAGUGAUGAUAUCUCUAAUGGUUUUUGGUAAAUGCAGGACUAGAUACUUGAAUUGUCACAAAAUAAAGAGUGGAAUGUUUACUUCUGAA